AUGUCUGAAGAAAUUUCGCCUUCUGACCUCCUUAAAGAUUUAUCUUUAUCAGGAGACAAAGCGCCAACUACAAAAGAAGAAGAAAAAGAAGUAAAGGAUACCACUGAAGAUAAGAAAUCUGAAGAGACGAAACCGGAGGAAAAGAAACCUGAAGAAUCUGAUAAGGAGAAAACAGAAAAUAAAGAAGAUGAAAAACCACAGUCGAAUUUGAUCAAAUCAUCUUAUGAAGUUAAAUUAAAGUUGGCUGAUUUACAGGCGGAUCCAAACUCGCCAUUGUACUCUGUGAAGUCCUUUGAGGAUUUGAAUUUAUCGGCAGAAUUAUUAAAGGGUCUUUAUGCAAUGGGUUUCAACAAGCCUUCUAAGAUCCAGGAAAAUGCUUUGCCUUUAUUAAUCAAAAACCCACCAACAAACUUUAUUGGUCAGUCACAAUCUGGUACCGGUAAGACUGCUGCCUUUAGUUUGAAUAUGUUAACCAGAGUUGAUACAUCUCUCAACCAAGUGCAAGCGAUUUGCUUGUCCCCAGCAAGAGAAUUGGCAAGACAAACCAUGGAAGUGGUUGAAGCCAUGGGUAAGUUUACAAAAGUUACCACCCAGUUGGUUGUUCCAGAAGCUUACACUAGAGGUGUUCAAAUUACCGCCAAUAUCGUGGUAGGGACUCCUGGUGCCAUUCUUGAUUGCAUUAGACGUAAGCAAAUCAACAUCUCCAACUUGAAAGUAUUGGUUCUUGAUGAAGCUGAUAACAUGUUGGAUGCUGCAGGUUUGGGUGAACAAUCUAUCAGAGUAAGAAAAAUGAUCCCAAGAACCUCUCAGAUAGUUUUGUUUUCUGCUACUUUCCCUGAUGCGGUGCGUAAAUAUGCAGUUAAAUUUGCACCAGGCGCAAACAGUAUGGAAUUGAAGCAUGAAGAAUUGAAUGUUGAUGCCAUCAAGCAACUUUAUAUGGACUGUGAAAAUGAACUGCAAAAGUUUACUAUCUUGAACGAAUUAUACGGUAUUUUGACUGUCGGUUCGUCUAUUAUUUUUGUUGCCAAAAAAGUCACUGCUAACGAAUUAUACAGUAGUUUGAAGAAAGAAGGACACAGUGUCUCUGUUUUACAUUCCGACUUAGUUCCAUCCCAAAGAGAUAAAUUGAUUGAUGACUUUAGAGAAGGUAGAUCUAAAGUAUUGAUCACCACAAAUGUUUUGGCCAGAGGUAUUGAUAUUCCUUCAGUUAACAUGGUAGUUAAUUAUGAUUUACCAACCACCAAAAGUGGUGAACCUGAUCCUUCUACCUAUUUGCACAGAAUUGGUAGAACUGGUAGAUUUGGCAGAACUGGUGUCUCUAUCAGUUUUGUUCAUGACAAGAAAUCUUUUAAAAUUUUACAGGGUAUUUUGAAUUACUUUGGCAACGUGGAUAUAACUCAAGUUCCUACAGACGACUUGGAAAAACUUGAAGAAAUUGUUCUCAAGGUCACUAAAGGUUGA